AUGAGGCCUCUCGGUGCCAGCGAGAGGCUCCGGACGAGCCCCACAGUGAGGAACAGUAAGUGCAGCGUCAACCUAGAUGAUACUCCGCACGUCCCCAAUGAGAAGCUUGGAGAAGAAAAGGUUCUGCACAUAAUAGCAAAUCUGACUUCUCUGAUAAAGGAGACAUUUCCAGAUACUAAAGUCUACGCGGCAAUGGGCAAUCAUGACUUCCACCCCAAGAGUCAGCUUCCAGGGAAGGAGCACAGGAUCUACAACCGAACAGCUGAACUGUGGCGUCCCUGGCUGAAUGAUGCUUCCAUUGCCCUUUUCAGAGCAGGAGCGUUCUACAGUGAGAAGCUGCCCAGCCCAGGGACAAGGGGGCGAAUGGUUGUCCUCAAUACCAAUCUGUACUAUGACCAGAAUAACGAGACAGCUGGUGAGGAAGAUCCUGCAGGGCAGUUCCAGUGGCUGGAAGAAACGCUGACCAAUGCCUCUAGAGCAAAUGAAAUGGUCUACAUCGUGGGGCACGUCCCUCCUGGCUUCUUUGAGAAGAAACGAGGCAAGCCCUGGUUCCGGAGUGGCUUUAAUGAACGAUACUUGAAAAUUGUAAAGAAGCACCACAGAGUGAUUGCUGCCCAGUUUUUCGGGCACCAGCACAUGGACAGCUUUCGGAUGUUUUACAGUGAUACAGGUUCUCCAAUCAACGUCAUGUUCCUGGCCCCUGGAGUGACUCCCUGGAAAACAACGUUACCUGGAGUGAACAACGGAGCCAACAACCCUGGGAUUCGGGUGAUCGACUAUGAUCCGAACACCCUUCAAGUGUUGGAUGUGGUGACUUACUUCUUGAACCUAACUCGUGCCAACUUGAUGGCCUCAACAUGGGGGGAAGAGUUCCCAGCGUGGGAGGAAGAGUACAGGCUGACAGAAGCCUUCCAAGUCCCCGACGGCUCUGCGCGCUCCAUGCAAACGGUGCUGGAGAGGAUAUCAAAGGAUCCGCGCUACCUGCAGCGGUACUACGAGUUCAACUCAGUCAGAUACGACCUCACCGCGUGCGAGGAGGCCUGCCGCGUCGAUCACGUUUGUGCCAUCAGGGAAGUUGAUUUUACGAAAUACAAGGAGUGCGUUAAAACCAGCAGCUCUGUCUCCGCCGUCAUCAGUGGUUGGCUUUUAUUAUUCUGCUUGCUCUUAGGACUUCUGAGUCCCCAGCAAGCGCCGCAGCCGGGCUCCCUUCUGCGCCUGCCGCGGGAGUCUCACAACCGGCUCAAACCAGGCCUCCCCGGGGCCUUGAACUUGGCACGGGCGAGCGCUGUGAGCUGCCGCGCGUUCCCGAGGAGUCUGCCGCCAGCUGGGCACUGCGAGCUGACGCCGUUCCGGCAGAAAGGCGCGGGCAGGGUGCGGGGGCGAGGACGGAGGGGUGGCGGGAACGGGUAA